AUGGAGAUGUACAACAACCUCUUUACGGAAAUGGUGGGAAGGUGGAGAAAAGAAACACACAUAUUCCACCUUCUGGAGGGAGAGAUGACAAUGACGUUGAAGGAUGUGACCAUGCUAAUAGAGCUUCCAAUCAAUGGUGAUGCCAUAAUAGAGAGUUCACAGAAACCAUUCAAUGGUUAG